AUGGCGCUCAAGUGUUUGUCAGUUUUCUCGUCCUUUGAUUUCUUUAUAGCAUCAUUAGCAGUAAUCUUGCUUCUUAUAGUCAUACGGAUCGCUGUGUCUACAGAUUUCUACAAGAAGUUUUUUGCCAAACUGGAAUCUAACUUUUCACAAGCGACGAAAGGAAUCUUUGCGCCACUGAAACAGAAGAUUUUUGUUGAUCUCAGCAAUCGAUUGAAAGAACUGGAAGGCGAUGUUUUGGAGAUAGGGAUCGGUGCGGGAGAGAACUUCCAUCUUUAUCCUGAAGGAACAUCCCUCAUAGCUGUUGAUUCAAACCCACACGUUGAGGAACUUCUUACGGAAAACUUGAAGAAAGCAGGCGAGAGAGUUCACUUGAAGAAGUUUGUGGUAGCCUCAGCAGAGGACAUGAGCUGUUCACCAGGGAAACUUGGUGUGGAGGAUAACUCCAUUGCUGCUGUUGUUUGCACGCUGGUGCUGUGUUCUCUUACUGACGUUCAAACGACGAAAACAAUUCGAGAAGUGAAAAGAGUCUUGAUGCCUGUAAGUAAAAUGUUUUGUCAUUUUCCCGGGGGAGUGGCGGCGGCGAGGUGCGGGGGCGGGGGGUACUUCCAUAUAUGGGCUAGAUAGGUAUGUGCCGCCCGAUAGGGUAUGGUGUUUGAGGCCUGGGGGGGGUACUGCCAUAUAUGGGCUAUAUAGGUAUGUGCCUCUGUGAAGGGUAUGGUUUUAAAGCAGUUUACUCUAGGAUAGGGUAUAUAAAUCAGAGCGUUUGGCUCUAGAAUAGGGUAUCAUUUUUCAGGAAACUGAUCAGUUGGUUGAAGAUUUUAUCUAGACUAGGGAAACAGCUACUCUAGGAUAGGGGGAUUUGGGGAGUUUACUCUAGUAUAGGGUAGCAAAACUCAGCUGAACUAGCUCUGGUAAAGGUUAAGGGUUCCAGGUUCCCAGCGGCACAUCCCCACCCAGAAAUUCCUAAAGUGCUCCCCCCGGGGUUUGAGGGUAUUGUUUUUGCCCUUGUUGGCAUUGUGUUCCCAGUGUGAUCCUUAGAUAGGGUACUCAAAUUGUAUCAGCAAAAAUGCCCCACAACACAAGAUACAAAUCAUCUUUUAGUUUAAUGAAUGUUUGUGUCUUGCCAUUUAAUUCUUAUCCUUUGUUUUUCCUUUGAACAAGGGGGUGUUUUUUUGGGUUUGGCCCAUAAAUAGGAUGCCAAUUUUCGUUUGUUCGUUGCUGAAAAUAUGUAUUCAAAAAAAAAUAAGUUGUGCUUGCCCCUGAGCUGUCUGAGGUUGCUACAGAAUCUACUUGCAAUUUUUCUCAUGCAUGACUUAAAGAAAAUGCUGAGUUCUGGCCAGGUGCUUAAACUUUGACAUAGUCAAAAUACAUAAUAAAGUUCUUGUAUCUUCUGUGAUAUUAAGAGUGCCCUGACUUGAAUUUUUGGUGUGUUUCAGGGGGGACGAUUUUACUUUCUUGAGCAUGUUGCAGGUUAG